GCUUUCUACUGUUCUAGAACAUAAGCAAUAUAGACCUGACUGUUUCAGCAUAAUAUAAACAACUGAGGUAAUUGACCAGUAAACGCUACUCGGUGUAAAAGUCUUUAGUAGAAUUGUUUCUCUGUUGGUCGGCUCAUGCUGCAGGUCUCUGGUUCCGGGUGCGGCUCAGAAACAGAUCUCUGACAAACACUCAGGAGUUCAAUAACUCUACGGAUCAUAUUUAUGCACGCAACUCUACAUCAAGAUGAAAAGCGCACUUGCAGUUGUUCUUUUCCGAUUAUGCACGAUCGGUGUCUUUAUUGAUGGAAAAGAAUCAAGUAAUGGAGAGUUAGUGUCAGUUACGGAGGGAGAUUCAGUCACUCUAAAGUCUGGUGUUACUGACAUACAGAAAGAUGACGAGAUUGAGUGGAGGUUCAAUGGAACUCGUAUAGCUAAAAUCAGCAGUGACUCCAGUGAGAUAUGGGUUAAACCUGAUGGGUCAUUCAAAGACAGACUGCUGCUGGACAAUCAGACUGGAGAUCUCAAGAUCAGCAACAUCAGAACCACAGACUCUGGACAAUAUAAAGUAAAGAUCAGCAGCCCCGGAGGGUCCCCCCCAGAGAUGACAUUCACUGUCAAAGUUGUGUCUGCUGAUGCAGUGAAGCCAGUGUCAGUGCUGGAGGGAGAUUCAGUCACUCUACGCACUGAUCCUACUUAUAUACAGAGAUAUGAUGUGAUACGGUGGAGGUUUGAUCAUCAGAACUCUUCUAUAGCUGAAAUCGAUAGAACAGCUGGAAUCUUCAACACAUUUAAUAGUGCUGAUGGGAGAUUCAGAGACAGACUACAGCUGGACAAUCAGACUGGAUCUCUGAACAUCACAAACAUCAACUGCACAGACUCUGGACUUUAUGAAGCUGACAUCAGCAGUACCAGCAGCAGAUACACCCUACACCAUACACAGUCAUUCAAUGUGACUGUCAGCGAUGCAGUGAAGUCAUUGUCAGUGAAAGAGGGAGAUUCUGUUACUCUACCGACUAUUACUGAAAUACAGAAUGUUGAUCUGAUACUGUGGAUGUUUGGGUCCAUUGGCCUAGCUGAAAUCCAUAAAACAGGACAACGAUUCUACAUAUAUGAUGGUGCUGAUGGGAUAUUCAUAAGCAGACUGAAGCUGGACAAUCAGACUGGAUCUCUGAUCAUCACAAACACCAGAACCACAGAUCCUGAAGAUUAUGUACUGAAGAUCAUCAGUAGCAGAUGCACCAUAACCAGGAGAAUCACUGUUACUGUCACUGCUGUUCCAUAUUCAGGUCUGCCUCGAGCUGCUGGAGUAUGGAUUGGUGUUGCUGUUGGUGUUAUUCUGGUGGCUGCAUUAGUUAUAGCUGCUGUUGUGAUGUACUAUCGCCGGCGCAACAGCUCUGAACUAGAAAGACAAAGUAAGUAUCAUACACAAUUUAUGUAAUUGUGAAAAAAAAAAACUAAAAGUCUGCAUAAAGCUGCAUCUCUGUGUGUCUGUAGAAAACUCAAACUUAACACAGUUUCUGCAGAUAUUAUGAUAGAGUUUGAUCUCAACAGCUUUUUCUGCAUGUUUGUGUUUGUAGGAGUGUGAUAUGCCUUUAAAGAUAUUCAAUAUUAAACCGCAUUACAGAAGAAACCCCAUUAAUAUAGAAAUACUCCAAACUAUCUCCAAACUAACAUAAAAAGAGUC